CUUGAUGUAUUAAAAAUACAAAUACAGAUAUCACUCCCGUAGCUUUUAUCAUCACCAAAAUAAACCCUAAAAAAUAGUGGUGACAGACUGAGUCCGAUGAGUGAAACUGUAGGGUGAUUAGUGCAAUUCGUCAAAAGCUUGAAACUGAUAAAUAUGUAAAUAACGACAUAACCACCAAUCAGCCAAAGCCAAUUGUUCCAAACUUUGUGAAUCUUUUUCAUUCAUCCAAUUCGUUUUUUAGCUUCUUGUUCUUUUCGUUAAUCGGCGAAUUCCAUUACAAAAGCAAUAAUCGCAUUGAACUAAUCAUUCUAUGGCGUCGGCGAAUUCCCUUACAGCAGGAGUAGGCAGCUGUGGUGGCGCUGGCGGUGGUAACGCUAGCGCAAACGGCGGUAGUAAUCAUAAUGUGUUUGUUUACGGCAGUCUAUUAGCCGACGACGUUGUUCGUGUUCUCCUCCGCCGCAUCCCUCAAAAUUCUCCUGCCAUCCUUCACGGCUAUCAUAGGUUUAGCAUCAAAGGGCGUGUUUAUCCUGCCAUUCUACCUGUAGAAAACAAGAAAGUUACAGGGAGGGUUUUAUUGGGGAUCACUCUUCCAGAAUUAGAAAUUCUGGAUAAAUUUGAGGAUUUUGAAUAUGAAAAGAGGGUUGUUGAUGUUUCCUUAAAGGAUACCCCUGAUGUCUUACAGGCUUAUACAUAUGUCUGGGCCAAGAGUAAUGACACCAAUUUAUAUGGAGAAUGGGAUUUUGAGGUGUGGAGGGAAUCAAAGAUGAAAGAUUUUGUGAAUAUGACAAUGGGGUUUGUGGAAGAAGAAUCUAAGCCGAGAGUUGUAACCUAUGAAUCCUACUAUAAACCAGAAUGAUAUGCCAACAAUCUUUUGAAAGAUCCAUAUAUCUGUAUAGUCUGAAAAUAAAAAACCCUUGACUUGAAUUGCACUUGUUGAAUUCAAUCUUGUUUUUAUGAUGAUUCAUAUUCGGGUAUUUCUAUGUUUUUAUAGGCUCUUUUUUUUUUUUGCAUAUUGGUUUUGUGGUUACUUAAUCCAUCCAUUUGUGCAAAGUGAAUAAC